AUUUGGCGGAAUAAAGAAACUAUCAGCAAUCUCUAAAGUUCCAUAUGAGAAAGCUAAACGCUGGUUAAUGACCCAAGAUACUUAUUCGUUACAUAAACCAGUUCGGUAUAAAUUUUCUCGGAUGUCGACGCUUUCAUAUGGUAUAAAUGAUUUAUGGCAAUGCGAUCUUGUGGAUUUACAGCAUUUAGCAGAACAUAAUAAUGGGUUUAAGUAUUUACUCACCGUAAUUGAUGUAUUUUCGAAGUAUGCCUAUGUUAUACCUCUUAAAAGCAAAACUUCUGUGGCUGUAAAAAAUGCUUUUGAAAAAUUGUUACAGCAGGUUAAGCCUAAACACAUUCAAAGCGAUAAGGGCAAGGAAUUUUACAAUACGCAACUUCAGUCAUUGUUUAAGAGGUACAGCAUUAACCACUAUUCAGCUGAAGGUGAUCAUAAAGCUAGUGUUAUUGAGAGGUUCAACAGAACUUUAAAAAACAAAAUGUUCAGGGUAUUCACAUAUAGAAAAUCUUAUAGAUAUGAUGAUGUGCUACAGUCACUAGUAAAGUCGUAUAAUGACAGUGAACAUCGUAGCAUUGGCAUGGCACCUUCAAAAGUCACUCGUGAUUUUGAACCACAUAUCUUCAAAAAAUUAUAUGGUUACACAUUGAAGAACUCGCGAGUGAUUUUGAAUAAGGGAGAUUUAGUAAGAAUAUCGAAAGCGAAUAAAUCGUUCAGACGAGGAUAUUUACCAGGGUGGAGCGAUGAGGUGUUUAUGGUGUCAAAAGUAUAUCCCUCUUAUCCAACUACAUUCGAGCUUCAAGACCUUAAAUCAGAAGCUAUAAAAGGACGAUUUUACGCAGAAGAACUCCAGAAAAUAUUGAAACGCCCUGAGGAUUAUUGGCAUAUAGAAAAGGUGCUUAAAACAAAGGGCAAAGGUACGAAGAAAGAAUAUUACGUGAAGUGGAAAGGCUUUGAUAAUCGGUUCAACUCGUGGGUAAAAGCAGCAUGGAUGAAGUGAACGAUUUUUACAUUACGCUUCCCAGCAACUCUAGCAUGGAUUACUUUCCAAAAAAUACGCAAGCAUCAUUCAGAACGAAAUUAUCUCGUCCAAUAAUACUAACUGGUGAAUGGGAAGUUGGUUUAUCAGAAAUAUUCGUUCCUCGAACCUGGUUCAACAUCGGAAAUCAUAAUAAUAAAUAUUCGAUAACUUACGAGGAAACAAAAUUGGUGGAAAAGGAUUUUCUGGAGUACUCAAUCAGAAUAAAAAUUGAACAGGGAACUUCUGAUGAGGAUAUAAUCGAUAACAUUAACCAAAGUAUUGAAGCAAUAUGUGGACAUUUCGUCUCUUUCGAAUUGGAUCACAAGAAUAUGAAUAUACUUAUUGCUCCGAAUUAUGAACUACACUUGACAGCUGCUGAUUCACCAAGAUUGUUAACUAUGUUAAACUUACCUAGAGAGGAUAGAGUUAUAAAAACAUCGGAAAGUUUUAUGUACAGAAAACCAUCAAAGACAAACAAAGACAAUAUUUUCAAAAUUAUCGCUCGAAAUAUGAAAAGGCAUUUUAUAAUUCGCGUCACCAGGUUUAAUCAUAAGUAUACUGAUAUGGACAACAUACAUCACGAACUCUUUCAGCAUAUAAAUCAUAAUCUAAUGCAGACUGGUAUAGGAGGUGCAGCGGAUUUUAUAUUCGACUUUAAAGAAGAUAAAGUAGAAAUAACGGUUCAAAAGAAUGUUGAACUCGAGUUUAGGUUAUUAUAUGCCCCGUUGUUUAUGCGAAUGUUGGGCAUGACGAAAGAUAUUGUUUUAACGGGUAGAACGUUACAUGUUUUGCAAAAAAUUGAAAGGCCUCCUAUGAACGAAUACUUCCGCGUGAGCAUUACGGAUAAACCAACAAUUCCUGUGAAAAUUAAAAAAACAGAGGAUAUGGAACUACAAGUCGGAUUUUAUAAAAACUCAGAGCAGUUGUUUGGAUCUUUUAAACACCUUGCUUUUAAUCAUUUAGCGAACAAUAAGAUCAAAAUUCAUAUACCAGAAAAUUCAACUCUGACUUUACAAGAAGGAUUAAGAGAUCUUUUAGGUUUCAAAGAAUCCACAUUAAAUGGCGGAACUCAUAUAUCUGACUAUCAAUUGGAGUUAGAUGGAGGAAUCACCGAAAUUUAUGUCUAUAGUGAUAUCAUAGAAUCGCACUUUGUAGGGGAUACAAUUGCUCCUUUACUCCGUAUUAUUCCUGUUAUGUCGAAAAAAGAAGACCAAAUAGUAAUAAAUUAUCAAAGACCGCUGUAUUUUCCUUUGCGCAAAAAUUAUAUCGAUUGCAUAGAAAUCGAAUUGAGAAGUAGCUCUGGAGAUGGUAUAAUUUUUACCAGUGGGAAAUCACUCUUGGUUCUCUCCUUCCGUCGCAGAACACUAUAAAACUAUUACUUAUUUUGUGAUGAAUCAUUUUAAAUCCGAUCGUGAAAGAGAAUGCAUUUGGAUCAAAAAGCUUGUGAAGAUUAUUACUGCUCGCAAGUGCAGGCUGGCGGUGGACCAUAUUUUCAGGGUGUUGGCCACCAAAGAGGAUAUGGAAUGUUUUCAAAUUUAUUUCGAUUUAUUUCUCCCAUAGCACUGAAAGCUGGAAAGUAUUUAGGAAAACACCUUCUAAGCGCAGGUUCAAAAGUAAUGUCAGAUGUUGCUUCAGGUUCAUCUCUUAAAGACUCGGCAAGAUCGCGAUUUCGCGAAACAUCAAAACAAAUAAAAGACGACAUUAUUCAUAAAAUUCAGAGCGGUUCGGGUAUAAAAAGAAAGAAAUUCCAGAAGAAAAAUCAUUCGCAACGUGUCAAGCGGAGCCGAAAGAAAUUAAAGAAAGCAGACAUAUUUUCAUAAUGGAUUCCCGAGCGUGUGCUUGCUUGCAGAGUGAAUUAGACCUUUUUAACGUGAAUCCUGUACAAUUAUCAACAGAAGACAGCUCAUUCACUGAGAUUUUUCCUGUUGCAUCUCUGAAUGAAAAGACGCCAAUUGAAUUUUACGUAAGCGGAAGUGGUGAACAUUAUCUGGACUUAUCCCAUACACUUUUGCAUCUACAAGUGAAAAUUAAAAAGAGAAAUGGAGCAGUAAUUGGAACGCCUGAUCAAGUGGCUCCUAUCAAUUAUCUCCUUAAUACGAUAUUUUCUGAAUGUUCAGUUACAUUAAAUGACAAGCAGGUUUCUUCGCAAGCUAACUACGCAUAUAGAUGUAUUUUCGAUGCUUUGCUUUCACCUCGAGCUGUUCAAGAAUCAAUGCUAACAUCGGGUCUUUUCUACAAAGACGCUGCUUCUAAGCAUGAAUCAGUAGAACUAGCUAAUGUUGGUGAUAAUGCAAAUUCCGGUUACCAAACUAGAUAUAACAUCUGCAAAGAUAGUAAACUUAUAGAUAUGAUAGGUCCAUUACAUUUCGAUCUAGGCAAUCAGAGCAAAUGUCUUAUAAAUUCGGUGAAUCUUCGGAUCAAAUUAGAAAGAAAUAAGGAUUCUUUUGCUCUGAUGUCAGCCACGCAAGAUUUUAAAGUAGUUAUAUAUCAUGCAUCAUUAUUUGUUAGGAAAAUUAAAGUCGCUCCCUCAGUCGUGAUUGCCCAUGAAUUAGCUUUAAGCAAGGGAGUUAUAAAAAUGCCUAUUCGCAGAACAGAAGUGAAAUCAUUCGCACUUUCUUCAGGAAUGCAAUCAAUAACUAUCCCUAAUGCGUUCAUUGGACAAUUACCGACACGACUUAUAAUGGGUAUGGUAUCUAAUGCUGCAUUUAAUGGGGAUUUUUCAAAAAAUCCAUUCAAUUUCAAGCAUUAUGAUUUAUCAUAUCUUUGUAUAUUAGAUGGCAAUCGUAUGAUUCCGUCAAAGCCCUUUCAACCAAAAUUUGAUAAUUCUAACAGUUACAGCAGAUGUUAUAUGAGUCUAUUUACUGAUUUGGGUAGAUAUCAUAAAGAUCAAGACAUUAAUAUAAGUUACACUGAAUAUAAAGAUGGGUAUACGCUGUUCGCUGUAGAUUUGACGCCCGAUCUCAACGCGGACGGAAUGCAUGAAAGUAUUUCACGCAAUGGUAAUUUAACUAUUGAUAUAAAAUUCAGCAAAGCAUUAUCUGAAACUGUAAAUUUAAUAGUUUUUUCAGAGUAUCGAAAUACUAUAGAAAUCGACAAAAGUCGCAGUAUUUUUUCAGAUUUUUGAAAAUGGAUAGCACAACUUUGUGCAGACUUGCAUGCAGCGACUUCCGUCUACGUUCUAAAUUUGGAGGUGUAUACGCUUCAGAUGAAUUGCCUAAGACAAUAGAUAGUUAUUCAUGUUUUAUUGUAAAUUUAGAUCCUAAAACAAAACCGGGAAGUCAUUGGGUUGCAAUAGCAUUUCGGAAUAAUAAAUGUUACUAUUUUUGUAGUUACGCUUCUGUGCCGAAUAACAAAUAUAUUUUAAAGUUCAUAGAAAAUAACGCUGCAAAUUUUGCUUGGAACAAAUGUAGAUAUCAAAGCUUAGUGUCGUAUACUUGUGGUCAUUUUUGCCUUCAUUUCUUGUACAAUUUUGUGAGAAAGCAAACUUUGUCACCUCUAGAUUCUAAUAAAAUUGAAAAUAACGAGAAGUUUAUUAAAAAAUUUGUAGCUAGCAAAUUUCGUUUACAAAAUUGCUGCUUUUCUCCAUAUUCAAAUCAAAUUUGUGAAGCUCGUGAUUUCAGAAAUAGAUGUCUUUAGACAUGUUUCAACAGAAUAUAAUUAUAUAUGCUCUCUCUAUAAGCUCUCUAUAUAAAUUUAACAUAUUUUUUUGGAGGUCACUUUUCAUACAGAGCAUAUAAAAGAGAUACACUAACUGGGGAAUUCUCAUUGUGCUUCAACUGAUUCAGCAGAAACGAUGACUUCCGAACUGAGAUAUGGCUUUAUGUACUUGAAGCGUACUGGAUCAGCUUAUAUGAUUCAUUGCUUCACCGAUUCCCUUUACGAAAAUAUGAUAUCCUGUGUUCAAGCUGCGAACUCCUAUCAAAUGGAUACAGUUGAUUCAGACUGCAGAUUGAAGAUUGCCUAUUUCAAGGUUCUCAACAAUAAUGAUAUUGUCAGAGAACUCCAUAACGGUUCUGCUAUGAAUUAUCGACAGACAUUUGAUUGUAAAACGUAAUACAAAGCGAACUUCGGCGAAUCAAUUACUCAUGAUUCAAAGAUCUGCAAUGGAAUUGUGGACAACUUCAAAGAAAAUAAAUGUAAAUACUAAACUAUACAGCUAAGAUACUGAGAAUAGCUCAGCAUUGUAAACUCUAUAUAAAAUUGUAAUACUAAGCAGCACUAACUGUCAUUUAAUGUAACAUCAUCAAUGAAUCGAUGUUCUACAUGCAUAAGCAACACGAAGAAACUGAUUGUACCACUCGAUGUAAUAUUUUAACAAUCCCUGAAUAAAAAUAUAAUUUAACUGUAUAAUUGCGUCUGUCUUAUUUUGCUUCGCUACAUCAAUAUGUUUUUUGUAAUAUCCUAUAUCACCGUAAAAUUACGUUGUUUUAUUCUCAAGGUGGUGAAAGUGGGUUAAGGUAGGAAAAUGCACAUAAAGUUAUUUUAAAAUUACUUUAAGGUCACCAGUUCAGGGAGAACAAGGCGUUCCUGGGAAAUUCUACAGAUAAUAAACAAUUAUUCCAUUGCCACUUACAUAAACAGGGGUAUAAAUAUAAGCUACAUCAGCCUUUGUACAUAUACUACCGAUCUUGUUGAAGACUUCAUCUUCAUCUCUGUCUCCGUCUUCCUCAGAGUGCGUGUAUCUAAGUACUACUCAGCUAUCAUGGACAGUCACAAAGCGAGCGUCAGUAAGUGAUUGCAUUUUCAUAUUCUUUUUAGAUUGCUAAGCAUGUGUAACAUAAUUUUUUAAAAAUAAAGUUAAGUUUUCACACUUCCUAAUAGGCUUAACUGAUAGCGAUUCAGACGGCGAGCAGUUAUUUCCCCUUCCUUCCAAGGAAAAGCAUACAAGCGCUAAAAGAAAAUCAAACGAUGAGAAAAAAGAGGAGUCCACCAAAAGAGCAAAGAAUUUCGAGUAUAAUUUUUCUGAUCCGACAGAAGAGAAAAAGCUCAUACCCCCAAUAAGCGCUUACCUAGGAAAAGGGAUUAACAUCAGCAUCAAGGAAUACAGAAAGUCCUAUUAUCUUGCUUUCCAAAAGAAUGUUGGAGAUGAAACAAAGAACAGAUUCAACAUGAAUCUUGACCAAUUGGGAGCUUUAAAAAAAGCUAUAAAUGUGUUUGCAGAACAUAUAAAGAAAAAUUGACAUUCACGAGUUAAAUGAAAAUUUUGUAAAAAAAUUGAACUAACUUGACAAUUUUCCCUAUAUUCAUCUUCUUAGAAUGUCGUUUAAUAGAAUAGAAUCAAGUUUUAGAGGUUAUAUUUCAGCUUACCGACACUCUCCGAUACACUCUGAUCCCUACAACUUAUAUAACGAAAUUCGAGAAAACAUUUUCUUACUCUUAUUAGAGCAAAACCUACCUUUCCGUCUUUUAAUAUGCAUAAGCAUUGAAUUUAUUAAAGAUACUCAUCCUGACAAUUUACUGCAAAACGCUUACUUCUGUUCAUUUGCUGAACGCAUAAUAUCAUAUAACCAAGUAAAAAGUAAAGUUAAAAGCUGUUUUCAGAAAAUAUUCAAUUCCAUUGAAACAUAUAUCCAAAACGGUAGUGGUUGGGUUAUUAAUAAAAUUAACUUUUUAGAUGUUAAUAUCGGACAGUACAGAGAACCGCGGGGAGGUUGCGGUAAUAUAAAAUUACCUGACUGUUUAAAAAAAAAAAGAACUCUUCUAAAUAUACGUUGCGAUGAUCACAAAUGCUUCAUAUAUAGUUGCUUAGCUCAUCUCUUUCCUCCUGAAAAAAAUUCUAAUGCUCCAAGCAGUUACCAAAAUAAACUAAAAUACUUAAAAUUGAAAAAUGUAACCUUCCCCAUGAAACUCUCUAACAUAAAGCAUUUUGAAAGUAUCAACAGCUUAAAGAUAAAUAUUUUUACUUAUGACAAAGAAGUUUUCCCCAUAUAUAUCAGUAAUAAAAAGUUGGGUUCGGAAAUAAAUUUACUUCUGUAUAAAGAGCAUUACUUCUUAAUUAAAAAUCUAAAUCGUUUAUUAAACUCCAAAAAAGGGAUUCAUCAUUAUUGCUCGCGAUGCCUGAUUGGAUUUCAGAGGCGAAAUAGUCUUGUAGAUCAUAAGCGAGUGUGUUGCCAAAAUGCCCCCCAAAAACUAUCCCCGCCUAAAAUAAACACUGUAAAAUUUACUAGCAUUUACAAAAUGUUGUUCCAUCCUUUUAUUUUGUAUGCGGAUUUUGAAUGCAUAACGAAAAAUAUAUCUACUGUUUUACCAAAUACAUCUCAGAGUUUUUCAGCCAACCUAGAGCAUCACGAACCAAUCAGUUUCGCAUUAAUAGCAAUUAAUAUAAAAAAUGAAAUAAUAUAUCACAAAUUCUAUUGCGGAGAAAAUCCAGUACAAAUAUUUUUAAAAACAAUAAAAAAAUUAGCAAAAUCUUUAUUUAAAAGACUAUCAUGCAAUAAACCAAUGAUCGAGGAAAAUAUACCAACGGGAAAGCCUAGCACAUGUUACAUAUGCAAGUUAAAAUUUGAACCGAGUGAUCGCAUUGUCAGAGAUCAUUGCCAUGUUUUAGGCAUAUUUAGAGGUUUCUGUCACAAUUCAUGCAAUUUAAAUUUAAAAAGAAGUAAUUUCAUUCCUGUAGUCAUUCACAACCUUAAGGGGUACGAUUCCCACUUAUUGUUAAAACAUAUGUCUCCAGAAUUCGCGCAUCAGAUUGAUAUAAUUCCGACGAAUAGUCAAAAAUUUACUAGUUUCACCCUCGAUAAUUACAUUAAAUUUAUUGAUUCGUACGCAUUUCUUGAUUCUUCCUUAUCUUCUCUUGUAGAAAUUUUGAAAAUUUCUGAACAUCGGUUUGACAUUUUUGAUUCUUUUUUCCAAAAUAAAACAAAUAGAAACUUACUCAAACAAAAAGGAUUUUUUCCUUAUAGCUAUUUUUCAUCAAAAGAUAUUUUAAAACAAAAGACAUUUCCACCUCACGAAGCCUUUUUUAACAUUUUGACGAAUUCGAACAUAACAAAAAAAGAAUACAAACACGCACUGAGGGUUUACCAAGAAUUUCAUUGUAAAAAUUUUCAAGAUUACCUUGAAUUGUAUCAAAAUACAGAUACAAUUCUUUUAGCUGAAGUAUUUCAAUCGUUUCGACAAACAAGCAUGAUGCACUAUCAUUUGGACCCUGCUCAUUUCCUAACUAUUGCUGAUUUAACGUGGCAUUCUGGUUUAAAAUUCACAGGUCAGGAAUUAAAAUUGUUAUCGAAUGUAGAAGACUAUGUCUUACUUGAGACUCAAAUGAGAGGUGGAAUUUGCUUUCUCGGUCAAAGAUAUGCCCAGGCAAAUAAUCCAUAUCUUUCUUGUUAUAACCCCGAUGAACCUACAAAUUAUAUUGUGAAUUUAGAUGUUAACAAUCUUUACGGACAUUGCAUGUCUGAAUAUCUACCUGUGGGGGAUUUUCGUUGGCUUUCACCUGAAGAAAUAGCUGUUUUUGAUUUAGCAAAUGUAUCUCGAUACUCAGAAACGGGAUAUUUAUUAGAGGUAGAUUUACUAUAUGAUAAAUCAGCUCAUGAUUUCCAUGAUUUUCCCUUAGCAGCAGAACACUUAAAUAUAAAUAAACAAAUGUUAUCAGAUUAUCAAAAAAAAAUAUUGUCUGAAAAAAAUAUUCCAUUCACCGAGUGUAAAAAGUUAACACCAAAUUUUUAUCCAAAGAAACGCUACAUUUUACACUACAGGAACUUAAAAUACUAUUUAAAGCAUGGGAUGUCUUUAAAAAAAAUUUAUCGGAUCUUGGCUUUUUCACAAUCAGACUGGUUGCGAAGCUAUAUAAAUUUUAAUAAUGAAAAACGCCAACAAGCCAAAAGCGAGUUUGAAAAAUCUUUCUUUAAAAAAAUGAAUAAUGCUUUUUUCGGCAAAACAUGCCAAAACGUCAGAAAAAGAAUUAACUUAAAGACUGCUCUUACACCCGCUGAAUGUAGAAAGCAUUUAGCAAGUCCUUUACUUGAAUACUUUGAGAGCAUAAACGAAGACUUCGCUGUCUUUAAGAUGAAAAAAAUUAAUCUAGUUCUCGACAAACCAAUUUAUGUAGGAUUUUGCGUGCUUGAGCUAGCUAAAUUACACAUGUAUACUUUAUAUUACUCUAAGUUCAAAAAAUAUUAUAAAGAAAAUUGCAAACUCUUAUACACAGAUACUGAUUCUCUAUUCAUGCAAAUAUUUACAAAUAAUGUUUACAAAGAUUUUAAAAACGAAUUUUUUGAUAUCAUGGAUCUAAGCAACUAUCCAUCUUCAAGUGAAUUUUUUAAUUCGGAGAACCAAAAUAAGUUAGGGUUUUUAAAAGACGAAACGAAAUCUAAACCUAUUUCAGAAUUUAUCGGUUUACGAUGCAAAAUGUACAGCUACAAAUGUGAAAAUACUGAAACGAAAAAGGCAAAAGGUGUAAAACAGAGUUGUUUAAGAAACAUAACACAUGAACAUUUUAAAACCUCUUUACUUAAUGAAACGAUUCAUCGUCACGAGCAAUAUUCUAUACAGUCAAAAUCACAUAUUCUUUCUACAACCAUAUCAAACAAAAUUUCUUUAUCUCCGUUUUACGAUAAAAUAUUUUUGAAUGAGGAUGGUGUGACCGGAAAAUGCUUUGGUCACUAUUCCUUGCUUGAAGAAUAAUGGUAAUAUAAUUUUCGUUUAUUUUUAUGUUCUUCAAAAAAAAUUUUUUUUUGAAAAACUAUUAAGCAUUCAAUAGCUACCUUCUGUUAAGGGGAAAAUUGUCUCUUAGUUCAAUUUUAUUUCACAUGCUUUGUAAGUGAAUCAAAUGUUUACUCAGAUCGACUGGUUGGACUGAGUUUUUUCAUGGUUUUCUCAGUCUAUAACGCAAAUGCGAACCAAUAUAAGAAGAUCUUCCAUGACAUAUUAUUAAUAAAUACCAAGAACAUUUUAUUUUUAAUGUAAUCAAUUUUUAUACUAUUUUUGCAUGUACAUAUAUAUAUGAUUCAAGUUGUUGUUUUUAUCUUAGUUAAUAUUGUAUUAAUUGUUUGCACUGUUUUUCGAAUGAAAUGGAAAUAAUUUGUAUUCAUAUCCUUUCUUUAUAUACAUUUCUUUCUUAUAUUCACAUGCUUUGUAAGUGAAUCAAAUGUUUACUCAGAUCGACUGGUUGGACUGAGUCUUUUCAUGGUUUUCUCAGUCUAUAACGCAAAUGCGAACCUAUAUAAGAUCUUCCAUGAGAUAUUAUUAAUAAAUUCCAAGAACAUUUUAUUUUUUAAUGUAAUCAAUUUUUAUACUAUUUUUGCAUGUAUAUAUAUAUAUGAUUCAAGUUGUUGUUUUGUCUUACUUAAUAAUGUAUUAAUUGUUUGCACUGCU